GCUUUGUACAGUUGGUUGCAUUUCAGACGUUGAAAGGUUGUUGAGUAGUUUCUGCUCCUUACCAAACAGCCAAACCAAAAGCAUUGUGUAUUGCACCAUUCUACCAUGCAAAACACCAACACCGCUUCCUCAACCGUCACAUUCCACUCCGAGAUCUCAUCAUCGUUCCCUUCAUUCCCAUUCCUUCUCUCACCCUCACCAUGUUGCGCUCGUUCUGGCGAUCCAUCGAUCGCUUCUCCGCUCAACACUUCAAACAUGUAAUUCAUGAACUGCAGCAGAUCAAAGUUGUGGACAAGCAUAACAAGGAGCUUGUGACGGAUUUAUUGCAGUCUAUUGUAGAGAUAGUAACUUAUGGCGAUAGACAAGAUCCGUUGAUUUUUGAAUGUUUCAUGGAACACCAAGUGAUGGCAGAGUUUGUUCGCAUACUUAAGAUCAGUGGAAAUUCAAAGAUUGAGGCGCCGCUGCUUCAGUAUCUGAGCAUAAUGAUUCAAAACAUGGAUAGUGAACAUGCAAUUUAUUAUUGCUUCAGCAAUGGUUACAUUAACAGCAUUAUUUCACAUCCCUACAAAUUUGUUGGGGGAGACCUAGCUCCAUACUAUGUCUCUUUUCUAAGGGCAAUUAGCUGUAAAAUAAACAGAGACACACUUUGCCUCCUACUGAAGGUUCAUGGUGAUGCUGUUGUCUCCUUUCCCUUGUACACCGAGGCUCUAAGAUUCGCUCAUCAUGAGGAAAAGAUGAUUCAGACAGCUAUACGUGCAUUAAUCCUGAACAUCUACAUUGUUAGCGAUGAUAUGGUCUGUCAAUUUAUAUCGACUCCUCCAGUUUCAGAGUAUUUCUCUGACCUAGUUCAUAGAUUACGAGAUCUAUACUUUGGCCUAGAUGCUUUUCUCCAUGAUAAAGGGAAGAUGGACACUAAAAAAAGAAGAAAUGGGCUGAUUCUUCAAUCUGAUAAAAUUGUUGAUGAACUGUACUUCCUUAAAGACAUUCUUAAUGUUGGCGAGCCUCAUUUAACUAGAUUGGUUACUGAGAAUCUUCUGAACGGGCUAGUGUUUCCUGUACUAUUCUCAUUAUUGGCUUCAAAGGAUAAUAAUGGAUCUGGUUUAUCUGCUAUCACUUCACUAUAUAUGGUAUCUUGCCUUCUUCAAGUUGUCGGUGGUAGAAGCAUGAUUAAUAAUGUGGCAGGUGUUAUCCUAUAUAAUUUUAUGAAGUUAAAUGUGAGAGUGCUGAAUGAAGGGAAUGCUUAUGAUGGCCAUAAUGAUAAACAUUUUCUGAAGUGCUUAAGUGAAGUGGAAGGAAUUGUACGCUAUGCUCCUGAGUCAAAUGGAGCUGAGAGGAUCAAUGGGGACAAUUUAGGUGCUCAGUUGGAAGAUUUGAUGUCAUGUAUGAAUAUUACAGACUCAAAUGGCACAAUUUGUUCAGAAAGGAGUGGAAUACUUGCAUUUGUUUUCUCUGAAGAUCACAACCUAUUGUUAGCUUCCAUAUUUCUCAUGCUUAUUUUGGCAGAAAGUAAAGAUCUUGAUUGUCUCUUAUCUCCAAUGAUUGGGCUAUAUGGGACUGGGGAUGUGACGACUAAUGACAAAACAACUUCUAAGUGUGUGGAUGGAAGUAUCUUCAUUAGAUUUAUGCCUCAGAUUUUAAAUGCUCUGCUGAAGGUUUUAUCCCUCCAGCAAUCCCUCUCUGCAAUGAUACUAUGGCAUGUUGGGUGGUGCUUGCAAAAGCUACUUAACUUCCAUAGAGAAGGACUAAAUGGUUAUAAUCUCCUCUUAUUCACUACUUCAUAUGAUCAGUCUCGUACACGCUUUCUGAAGGAAGUUGAUGGAAUUUGGUUCGAUCAUAUUCCAGAUACUCUGAGAACUGAAUGGGCAAGCUGUAAAAGAGCUCUUGAACAGUCUUCCCAAUAUAAAGAUCCAUUAUUUUUGUUGGAUCUUGAUCUUCACCAACAAUCAACCAACGAUGAAACGUCUUCGUAUUAUGCUUGGCAAAGGAUGGUUGAUACUAUAAAGUUAUGUAUCCAGGUUUUUAUUCUCCACGUACAGCUGAAGGCAUUUAUUUUGAAUGGUGUAUUGGUGGAGAAGGCAUUGUUAAACACUGUUGCAACUUCUACUAAUGAUUCUGCUGCAAUCCGUGCUUCAGAUAUUUCAUCUGCCAGCUUUGGGUCCAAUGUUUCUUUGGAAUCUGGAAUGCCGUGUGAAAUUGCAUUUUCAAAUUCAGAAAUUAGGGAUAUAUAUGUAAUACCAGUGGCGUGUGGGAUGAUGGGAAAAUUGCUACUCACAGAGAAACAUCCUUUCCGUAGUCGACACGGAGUUGUGAUUGCGAUUGCUCCAUUGGCAGGGUUACGUCCUAAGAUAGAUGAAGACCACCCCUCGUGGUUGCAUCUUCGUAUUAGAGAGUUUGGCCCACAGUUUUAUACAAUUAAAACAAGAGGAAACCCACUGAACAUGCCUGAUCACUCGGCAGAUGGGAAAUGGACUCUUGGUUUCACAGAUGCAAAAGCUUGUGAGGAAGCUCGGUUAGCUAUUCUGAAUGAAAUUACUAAGCAGAGAUCAGCCGUGGAGUAUGUGCUUGCUCCUUUACUUCAGAAUGAUCCUGGAUUAGCUGAAAGCUGAGGUAGUUUAAGUUGUGACAAUGAGUUAUUGUAGGUUAGUUUAUAUUUUUCCCUCUUUGAUUUUUUAUUGAUCACAUUGUUUCUUCUCUUACUUUUCCUUAUAUCAUCAGUGCCUUUAUAUUUCGAUUAUAGCUUUGCAUAUUAUUAGUGUAGAUUAUGUUAUACUAUUACUUCCAACAAGUACAAGCGAAUUUGGGUAGCAUGCUGCAUGUAAUAAUAAUAUUGAAGUGUGUAGUAUGUCUUGAGCGUAUAUACUAAUAGAUGUCUCUAACAGAUGUAUAUCUGAUUACAUGUUGAAAUCUAUUGUUUACAGUAAA